AUGAAAUAUGUUUCUGAAAGUGUUUCUGCCACUCCCUCAGCAACUGAAAGUGAGGUGAUUCCCUCAAAAGCUGAUGAAAAGACGCCUCCUGCUAUUAUUGAGAGGCUUUCUGAUGUUCCCUCUGAACAUGAACAUGAAGAAAUUGCAGAGAUACAAGCUGAGAACCCUUCAGCUGAACCAAACGUGCCUCUAAGUGUCCCUGAUAGACUUUCAGCCAGUGGUCCCAUAAUGGAAUCUCAGGGGCAGAAAAUACUUGAGGCAGAAUGUGAAGAACCAUCAGAAGGAAUUAUUGAGAGUAUUCCUGCUCCCAGUAGCCCAUGCCAGCCUAUAGAAGAUACAAGAUUUGAGCAGCGAAAUCCUGUUUCUAUCAGUGAUUUCCAACUUACUGAUGUGCUGGGCAAAGGAAGUUAUGGAAAAGUGUUUCUGGGAGAAGCCAAAUCUACAGGCAAGAUGGUCGCCGUCAAGGCCAUGAAAAAGUCAAAACUGACUUGCUCAUUAAGUUUAAGCAGAGUUCUGACAGAGAAAGAGAUUCUCCUUUUGGCAAAGCGAGAGCAACAUCCUUUCCUCACUGGAUUGUUUGCCUCGUUCCAAACUGAGCAUCAUGUUUGCUUCGCCAUGGAUUAUGCGGCUGGAGGCGAUUUAGAAAAAUGGACAAAAAACCCGCAAUUCGACUAUGAAGCAUCGAUAUUUUACUCUGCUUCUGUUGUUCUGGGGUUGGAAUUCCUCCAUGAGCACAACAUUGUUCAUAGAGAUUUAAAGCUGGAAAAUGUCUUACUGGAUGAAUCUGGAUAUAUAAAAAUUUCAGACUUCGGCCUCUGCAAAAUGGGAAUGGGUGUCGGAGACCUAACCAAAUCCUUCGUUGGAACACCCUAUUAUGUCGCUCCAGAGAUAUUUAAAAGGGAGCCCUAUGGAAAAGAAGUAGACUGGUGGGCUCUAGGAGUGAUGCUCUUUUACAUGGUAGUUCAUAAGUUCCCUUUUAAUGGAAAAACAGUGCAUGAACAGUCUAGAAUUGUCCAGUAUGAAAGGCCGACCAUUCCAUGUACUCUCCCAUCUGAUUUCUACAUUACAAUAAAAAGACUUUUGGCCAAAUAUCCUAUGAAUCGCUUGGGAUCAAAUGGAGCUGAAGAAGUGAAGAAAAGCCAUUUGUUCUGCAACACAAAUUGGGAUGGCCUCUUGAAUAAAACUGUGAUGCCACCAAUCAUGCCUCCUGUGAAUAGCUCAAGCAAUAACAGCAGCUCUAAGGCAAACCUUGUUAUAACUACUGGCGAGAGUAAUUUGCCUAUCCCAGCCUCUGUCAAUGAAGCGCUCCAGGACUUUGAGUAUUAUGCUGGUUGAGUGUGUGAGAACGGCCACGUGUAACCGACCUGGCACAUUACAGGCUGAAGUUGACGCAAGAAACUAUGACAGUCGGAGCGCUUGAGGUCCUUUAUAACGUCUUGCCUGCAAAAGGGCCCCCACGUCAGAUGGAGAGUUGCAGAGCUGCUGCAGCGCCCAUUUAUUACAGAGCUGCAAUCUAACGGCCAUGAGAGCUGAAAUGAAAGAGCCCCUGCAGGCACCGAGGAACAAGUCUACCGGGAAAGAACACAAAUUGGGAUGGCCUCUUGAAUAAAACUGUGAUGCCACCAAUCAUGCCUCCUAUGAAAAGCUCAAGCAAUAACAGCAGCUCUAAGGCAAACCUUGUUAUAACUACUGGCGAGAGUAAUUUGCCUAUCCCAGCCUCUGUCAAUGAAGUGCUCCAGGACUUUGAGUAUUAUGCUGGUUGAGUGUGUGAGAACGGCCACGUGUAACCGACCUGGCACAUUACAGGCUGAAGUUGAUGCAAGGAAAUAUGACAGUCGGAGCGCUUGAGGUCCUUUAUAACGUCUUGCCUGCAAAAGGGCCCCCACGUCAGAUGGAGAGUUGCAGAGCUGCUGCAGCGCCCAUUUAUUACAGAGCUGCAAUCUAACGGCCAUGAGAGCUGAAAUGAAAGAGCACCUGCUGGCACCGAGGAACAAGUCUACCGGGAAAGAGCUCUGACAGAGAAAGAGAUUCUCCUUUUGGCAAAGCGAGAGCAACAUCCUUUCCUCACUGGAUUGUUUGCCUCGUUCCAAACUGAGCAUCAUGUUUGCUUCGCCAUGGAUUAUGCGGCUGGAGGCGAUUUAGAAAAAUGGACAAGAAAUCGGCAAUUCGACUAUGAAGCAUCGAUCUUUUGGCCAAAUAUCCUGUGAAUCGCUUGGGAUCAAAUGGAGCUGAAGAAGUGAAGCAAAGCCGCUUGUUCUGAAACACAAAUUGGGAUGGCCUCUUGAAUAAAACUGUGAUGCCACCAAUCAUGCCUCUUAUGAAAAGCUCAAGCAAUAACAGCAGCUCUAAGGCAAACCUUGUUAUAACUACUGGCGAGAGUAAUUUGCCUAUCCCAGCCUCUGUCAAUGAAGCGCUCCAGGACUUUGAGUAUUAUGCUGGUUGAGUGUGUGAGAACGGCCUCGUGUAACCGACCUGGCACAUUACAGGCUGAAGUUGACGCAAGAAACUAUGACAGUCGGAGCGCUUGAGGUCCUUUAUAACGUCUUGCCUGCAAAAGGGCCCCCACGUCAGAUGGAGAGUUGCAGAGCUGCUGCAGCGCCCAUUUAUUACAGAGCUGCAAUCUAACGGCCAUGAGAGCUGAAAUGAAAGAGCACCUGCUGGCACCGAGGAACAAGUCUACCGGGAAAGGUGAGCGACCCCAUGAUUUUAAUUCCCAGUUUUUUCACCACAUCUUCUUAUAUUUUUAUAGAGAAAUCUAUACAGAAGGGUGCUCUUCAGUGAAGGAAGGAGCUGUGGGUGCCAAGAUCCAGCACCCAGGACGAUGUUUGAAGAAUUCAUCGACGUCUUCCAACUACCCUGGUGCCACUGAUGACAUCCUCUUCUACUGCCAUGAGAUUUGCCAUUAAUAUUUGUUUAUUACAAAUAAAUAUUUAUAUUGC